AUGGGAGACGCCAGCGAGACGCAGGGCCAUGUUUCGGCACCAGAUGGCACCAAAAAGCAAAUCCUCUUAAAUGCUUUUGAUAUGUCCACUGUCGGACAUCUGUCCCCUGGGCAAUGGAAGAACCCGAAGGACAAAUCAGCCACCAAACGAAAGCUUGAUUACUGGAUCGAUCUUGCAAAGCUGUUAGAGCGAGGCGGGAUCAACUGUCUCUUCCUGGCGGACACAUAUGGAGGAUACGACACUUACGAGAACUCGCUGGACAACUGUAUCCGCAGAGCCGCCCAAUGGCCAGUGACGGAUCCAACCAUCCCUAUUUCUGCAAUGGCGGCAGUCACGAAGAACCUGACUUUCGGCAUCACAGCUUCGACUUCGUUCGAGCCUCCUUUCCUUAUGGCCAAACGAUUUUCCACCUUGGAUCACUUGACGAAUGGCCGCAUCGGCUGGAACAUUGUGACUUCAUGGAAAAAGGCAGCCUUCAAAGCCAUUGGGCUCGAGACUCCCAUUGAUCACGAUGAGCGCUACCUUCAGGCCGAUGAAUAUCUCCGGGUCUUGUACAAGCUCUGGGAAGGAUCAUGGGCCGACGAUGCUUUGAACCCGGACCCAGAAAACGACACCUACGUUGACCCGGAUAAAGUGCGUGAGAUUCACCAUCAUGGCAAAUACUUCAACCUCGACACCAGACACAUUGUGGACCCGUCGCCGCAACGAACGCCAUUCCUGUUCCAAGCAGGCACGUCACCUGCCGGGUCAGAGUUUGCUUCCACGCAUGCCGAGGCCAUCUUCGUGUCGUCCCACUCGCCCCAGGUUCUCCGGCCGAAGAUCGACAAGAUCCGGCAACUUGCGGCCGCGAAGGGGCGCGAUCCCAGAUCAAUCAAGUUCUUUGCCACAUUCACCCCGAUUGUGGGCAGGACCGACGAAGAAGCCAGACAGAAGCACGAAGAACUGAAGAAAUAUGCCUCGACCAUCGGCGGGCUCGUGCUGUUCAGCGGCUGGACGGGGAUCGACAUUUCCAAGAUCCCCAUUGACCAGGACAUUACCGCGGCGGAUUCGUUGGAGGCGCAUAAAGUCACCAGCCUCCUCGAUGCCUUCACCACCACGAGCCCGGAUAUACCCAAGUGGACGCCGCGGGUGGUGGCGGAAAAGGCCGCGAUCGGGGGCCUCGGUCCUGUGGCCAUUGGGAACCCGCAGACCGUGGCGGACGAGCUGGAACGAUGGGUCCGCGAGGCUGAUGUGGAUGGGUUCAAUCUUGGAUAUGUGACCACUCCAGGCACCUUUGAGGACGUGGUCGACUUGUUGAUCCCAGAGCUCCGCAAACGUGGACUGUACCCGGAAGCGCCUGAGGACGGCUUGACUGCGCGAGAAAAGGUCUAUGGCAAGGGACAGGCCAAGUUGAGGGACGACCAUGUGGGCAGCCAGUACAAGUAUGAUGUGUACAAGGAGGAGAGUUCGGGGCCUGAGCCUGCGAAGACAGAAGCAUAG